CAUCGGAAUUAUUAUUCAUUCGACAAACGUUAAGUCAAAUAGAGAUUAUUUUCUUUAAAUUAAGUUAAAGUGAAAAUAAAAGUAAAAAAAGAAAAUGUUCGCUCUGAAGACAUUUGUGCUACUAAUUGCAUGUGUCGUUCUUGCCGCAUGCCAACCAAUGAUGCAGCUUGAGGAUGGUUUUGAGCAGCAAACUGAUGGUUUGGGAAAUAUGAAACACACUCGUUUUGGUCGCUCUCCCCAGCAUGGAAGUGUCGACAUUGGCUAUAGCAAAGAUCAACGCGGCCGUGAAGCAUCGGUGCAAUAUAAUCACAAUUUAUAUACAAGUCGCGAUGGCCGAGGCUCUAUUGAUGCCUAUGCCCAAGGUAGCCGAAACUUUGACCAUAAUCGCAAUAACUUUGGUGGUGGCAUUCAAGGAAAAUGGAGAUUUUAAGCGGUGACAAAGACAAUUUUGUAGAUAUCGAUUAAAUUGAUGUAAUA